AUUGACCUCGUUACGCAGGAAUCUGAAACACUGGGGAUUGUGUUCAAUGCACGCCAUUUUGAUUCUAUUGAUAGGGCACAGUGCACGUUUUAUUCUAAAUGUGAGCCAUAAUGAGGGUCAGGUACCCGUAGUUUCCUGAUCUGAUUACUUUGUACAUGUCGGCCCGCUGUAUAAUACKUAUAGUCUUUGAGGCCAGACUGCCCCCACAGGCAAGAUAAAUAGGGUGGUCCCGCGGAGAGGGACGCAGCACACGGUGUACUAUAGUGGAAUGAUAACGAGGUUGGAUAAAGCACUGACACCCCCUCUGGCUAUUCGUAGUAGCCGAGCUCCAGCUGAUUGCGUUGAGUCCGGUGUGGACACUUGAAUGCUCAAUUCAUCCAAACAGAGCAGUUUAUGACUAUUUGGAUCCCUGUGGCCGCUCGUGUCGGCAAAGCCAUCCACCUUCUUUGUCCAAAUUGACCGAGGACUAUUUAUAGAAGCGGAUAUCAUAGAUUUGAGUUGGCUGAAGAUCCUUGACAAAGACAAGGCCCCUGUCUCCUCCCCAGCCUUGCGUACCAUCAUUUUAUUGAAGACAUGGGGGAUACUGGUAGUGAGCGCAGCAAACCUUUACCAACUCGGUGUCCCUGUGGAUUUUGGGGGUCCAGUAAAACCAUGAACCUCUGCUCAAAAUGUUUUGCUGAUAUCGAGAAGAAGCAGACGGAUGAGGACUGUGCCCCAAAACCCAGCCCGAGCACUGGGAGUACCCAAUCGGCUGUCUUCAAUAGCGAGAUGAGUAGCAGCAGCAAAAGUAGCCAAUCCCUAUUGUCGUCGCCACUCACUAGCUCCGAGCAGCCAUCUGCAUCAACCGAAGACCCUGUCCCCAUGUUAUCCAAUACACAGGAUGAACUAUUAUCAUGCACAGAAACAGCUCAAGGCACCCUCUGUACGCCCAAAAAACGUCCUUGCGAAUCAGCUUCAGGGCCGGAGAGCGAGGCGUCACCGGAGAAACAAGCACGGGGGGACUCUGAGGAGGGGGAGGUGGUUAGCGAGGAGCCUAGCCCAGGGCCCAAGCAGAAAAACCGCCGGCGCUGCUAUCGCUGCCAAACCAAACUGGAGCUGGUACAGCAGGAACUGGGCUCMUGUCGCUGCGGCUACGUGUUCUGCAUGCUGCACCGUCUACCUGAGCAGCACGACUGCCUGUUCGACCACCUGGGCCGUGGGCGCGAGGAGGCCGUCCUCAAGAUGGUGAAGCUGGACCGCAAGGUGGGCCGCUCGUGCCAGCGCAUUGGAGAAGAGUGCUCCUGAGUUGCCCCCGUUGACCGCCCGUCUCCACACGAUGCACUUCAAGAGGGGGAAAGGAGCGAGGGAGGGAGUGGGGAGAAGGGAAAGUGAGCGGGGGGAGAAGGGAGAGCGAGCAUGGUUGAAAUAGACUCACAAUUUGCCCCACCAUUCUGGAUCUGAGUAUUGUUGAUCCACUCCUGUUAGUCUUGACAGUUUGGACUCUGACUUGGACACUGUCACCACGGCAACUUCUGGAGCCACACUGUCACUAUCGCAUGUUCAUUUUCACAGCCUUAACUUGCCCAGUUUUCAGAUUCAACAAGGACCCUGUAAAGAAAGAACGGUCAGAUUAUAUAUAUUUUUUUUAGCACACAGCAGCGCCACCAUAGCGCAACUCUUUUCCAUCUGCUUCACCGAUCGCAGAAGAAGACUGUCUGCAACAGUACUUUCUAUAUGAAACUGACCUCUCUCCUUACCGGCUCCUUGGUUGUCUUUGUAAGCAGGUUUUCACUAUGUCAAUGGUCACUAAGGAACGGAACAUAGACCUGUCUGUCCCUUGACCACUCCUCAGGUUGUAGGAGGGUGGGAUAUCGACCUUUAACUCCCCCACCUUAUUUUCUCUUUUCCUUGCCCAAUGGCUCUGCAUGGCAUUGGAUUGAAUUGGCUUGUAUGUGUCGAGUAAGGACAUUGUCCCCCAGGUCCUGGGUCAGUUGUUGUGUGGCCGUGUUUGUUCCUAUGAGUCUCUGCCAGAGUGGUUUGAAUCCAAACCAGACCACUAACCUUUGUACUGCAGCCAGCCUCCUCCUCCGCCCCUCUCAGUUGGAUCAGUCUGAACAAAUGGACUGGGGAGACACAAGCAGAAGCUCUUCUCUGCCUGCUGCCCUUUGAAUGAGUGUUGCUGUUCCUGCUUUGUUUUGUAAUGCACUCUCUACUCCCUCUUCUGUACAUACAAAAUCCCUGACUCCUUGGACUAUUGAACCAUGGCUCUGUUCAUAUGGCCAUACUAGAAUACCACUUAGAAUGCAUGCCUGAUACGUUGGUUCAUUCUAAGUAGUAUACUGCUAGUCUGUUCCAUAUCGUUCUCCUACUACCCUAGUCACACUACUUGACUGCUGGUCCCAAUGCUCAUCUCAUUCUUCACUCACUUCAUCCCCCUCUCCUCUGCUUCCUUCGACUCUCACUGGUCCCCUUCUGGUGCGAGGAAUGAUUUGAAGGAUGGAGGGAGUGAUGUGUAGUGGUCAACAACAAAAAAGGAGCGUACUGUCGUGGCUGGUUUUAUUUUGAUAUUUUGCGACCUGUUCUCUCGAGUGCUAAUGGAAGAAAUUAAUAUCUUUCUGUAUCUUAAAAGAAAUUGUAUUUAACCAUAUGGUUUUGAUUUACUUACACACUAGCAUAGCGCUGCAUAUUUAGUUAAAUGUAUAAAAAAUAAUUUAGUUUUCUCUUAUUGUAUUUGGCCUUUUUGCUGAGGAUGAUUAAACUGGAUUAGAGGAGCAGGUAGUCUGUGUGAUCUUUAAAGUUGAAUUAUAAUGGGAAAAUAAGGGUAAACUUAAGGAGUACAUCAAACGUGAAGUGCAAACCUGAUUCUGUCGACUGGCCGUAAUAGGGGGAAAAAAGCUCAAAUUGACACUUUACAUAUACAACUUUUGUGAAAAGUAUAAAUACUUUUGACUGAUAAACGAACAAUAAAUAUCAUACGAUUGCA